UCUUCUCGCAGCGGCCCCGCCCCGAAGACUCGGCAAGUCAGUCCCCAACACCAAGGGCAACUACACCACGAGCAGACUACGACCAUGUUAUUGCGCCUCCCCGCAUUCGAUCCGCUGCGUCAUCGUCUCGCCUGCCGCUCUCAUCUCCUGGCCUAUGUCUUCUCCUCCACGGAGGUCCAAGUUGCACAGAGAAUGGUCGCCUGACGCCCCUGGUCGAGUCUUGCCCACGGGAGAUUGCGUUGAUUUAGAGGAGCUGUUGCCGCCCGUAUUGGGAGAAGGGCGCCAAGAAAGCAAGGCUCCUGCGUGGAUGUGAGCGACACUGCGGCUGUUUCGGCGUCGUGUGGUGCGUUUCCGGGUUUUGCAGGGACGGUUAAGAAAUGACAGAUGCUGUGACGACAGAGGCUUUUGUCGAGGAGAUUAUCUCAGACAUCUGGAGCCCCGUCGGUUAUCUCAUGUCUGAGUCAAAAUUUAAAAUGUCGAGAUAAUUACUUUUAGCGCUUAUAUCGAAAUACUCGCAUAUUGACAUCAGUGGGAUCUUCUGGAUAGUUGUUUUUUGAUUCUGGAAGGCGUAUGAUUUGUUCUAGAAAUGGAAGUUGAAUUCGAUUUGGUGACCAGUUUUUUCAACAGCCUUUUCAUUAGUCCGAGUCGAAGGAGUUGACAAAGAAAGAGAUUGUAAUAAAGCAGCCUGAGAGUGUGGAAGGAUGCAGGUUGGACUUGAUGGUUCCAAACAAUGGUCAAAUAGGAGCACUAUUAAGACAUUUCAGAGUUCGAUUUGGGUAGUGGGUGGUGCCACAAGGGCGCAUACUUUUACGUCAAGCAAGGAAUAGCAGAGUUAGUUUUUGGGCAGAUGGUCCAGCUCGAGGAGAUUCGACCUGUUUAUUUGAAGAGAUUGGAAUUGAGCCUACCCGUUCAUUUCCCGUACAUCAAUUUCUCGAGCUCUGUAAUAGAGCUGGUGGACUCAGAUUGUGAAGAAGUCCGUCGUAGAAGUGUAAUCUUUGUAGGUGAAAUCAUUUCUUAUGCUGAUGGCUAGUAGGGUAUAGAGUAGUCUUUAACGUGGAGAAGGUACACUGAUGUACGGAGAAGAGAGGAGGUUGGGUGAUGCCCCUGACCGGUUCAGCCGUGGAUGUGCUUGGUGUUACGACUUUGGUCCUGGUCCUCCUGCUAGUCUGUGCAGGAAUAGGAUGUAUUGCCUACGUCCUCUACUUUCGGGCCCGAAUUCAGAAAGAACGUCUAUCAGCAUUACAGGACUUCAAUUCGCUAUGGAUAGUCCGGAUCAUUCUCAUAGGACUGGCGAUUCUGUGGAGUCUAGUCGAGCUUUUACGCCUCCCUUUACUUCGGCGACCGAAUUGGGUCCUACAUUCUCUGAGCUUCAAAUGGCAGGCCAAUCUUUGUCGGUUACAUAUUCUUUCUUCUCUGGGUUUUCUGGAGCCAUGCUUCUUCCUUACUGCACUAUUCCUUGUACACGGUUCUCUUCGCAAGGCACCAUUCACUCCUCGAAAAGAUUGGAACGGCAAAGUUGUCGGUCUUAUUCUUCUCUGCUGCCUCCCAGUGUUCCUGCUUCAACUUUUCUUUGUUUUCAUUAGCCCAAGGGUUGAAUUCAAGGGAGGCUCUGGUUAUAUUCUAGAAAACGAGGGCUAUGGUGGUAAAGUCCCGUAUUAUUUUACCCAAGCAUUCGAGAAAGUGAUGGUGGAUACCCAAGAGGUUGUUAUGUGCCGUUAUCCUCUUUGGAGCACUUUGGUUCUAGCUGGUUUUGGUAUACUUUACUCUGCUUACUUUCUCCUACUUGGCUGGAGGAUGGUUGGGGUCGUUAUCAACAGAUACCUACAAAGGAGAUUAUAUAGCCUUCUAGGAGCACUCUUGCUCCUGCUUCCUUUACACGUGAUAUUCCUUGGGCUGUCAGUUCUAUCGAAACCUACUCGCUUACCAUUCGAGUUGCUGAGUUUCUUUGGGUUCAUUAUGGUGUUGCUUUGCAGCACUAUUGGUGAAGGUAUCCUUGUGAUCAGGCCCAUUGCGGAUGCACUUGCGGUUACGUGGGUGGUUUAUGCUCCGUCUGAAUCAGGCCGGGACACUGAUUUUCCUGAAGAAGGUCCAAUGUCAGUUUCCAUGUCGAUAUUUGGUAGUGACGACGACGAAGCCUCAUUGGUUGGCAACGCAAGUCUAUUUGCUAAAUCUCAAUCUCGAACUGCCGACGUUCAGGACAACGAGUACACCUCUGCAAGGAGUUUCUUAAGGCCGUUAGAACGAACAGGGAGUUUCUCUGAAAACAAUGUGACCCCUUUCUUUAAUCCAGAUUCAUCUGCGCUACCUGGGAAACCAUUGAUCGCUCAUCAUCAACCCCAGAACCCCGCAUUCUACCCUUUCUUGUAGAGCAUGUUGAUUCAUCAUCGAGAGCAGCUUGUCUGCGCAAUGUUGACCCUUCUACAGUAAAUGAAAAUGUGCUCAAGAUUCUCUCAUUUUGUUGAGUGGAAGUGUGAACCAUGGAACUUUGUGGACAACACGUCAUAUUUCUGAGAAACAUGAGGCGUUCAUUUGCUUCA